UCCGUGGACGGCGUGGGAACUUGCGCAUGCGCGCCGAAGUAUGUGUGCCUGUGCUUUUGGUUCAGAGGUAGGCUCGCUCAGUAAUGGUGAGGUGGGAUUUUCUUAAUGUGUGCUUUGAAGCGGAACGCUUUUCCUGGAACUUGUCCGGGAAGCCUGGUAUCUUUUUAAACUAUUCAUGAGGACGAACUCCCGUCUUGAAGCAAUUAAGUGUAAAACUAACCAACUGUUGGUUCCUGAAUCAGAAAGCUUCAAAGAUACCCGUUGUUUUUGUAAUGUCCACUCAGAAGAGAGCUGACUAGAAUUCAAUGAAUCUUGUAACUCAUUUCCAUUUCUUGUGAAACCGACAUGAAAAGAAAGAUGUUUCAUGUGGUUUGGAAUCGGCAUCUAAAGCUACUGAGUCGUACUACAAUUUCUGGUGCAUAUUUAUUUUUUACAAGAAACUUUACACUUGCAUGGAGUCCAUGGACGUCAAUGCGCUCCCUUGUUGGGGACAAGAAUAUUGUCCUGAUGGGACCACCUGGUGCGGGAAAAACAGCAGUAGGAAAAAUACUAGGCCAGAAGCUGGGCUCUUGUUUCAUAGAUGUGGAUGAUGAUGUCCUUGAAACAACCUGGCGUAUGAGUGUGGCCGAAAAAUUGAAGGAAGUUGGUAAUGAGCAAUUUUUAGAAGAGGAAGGAAGGGCCCUGUUAAAUCUCUCAGCAUCUGGAAGUGUCAUUUCCCUUUCCGGAUCAAAUCCAAUGAGUGUCGCCGGCAUGAAGCAUGUGAAAAAAAAUGGAAUUGUAGUCUAUCUGGAUGUACCUACACAAAGCAUAAUGGAUCGCUUGCAGUUGAUGAAAGUGGAUCGUAUUGUGGGGCAGCAUACUGGAACCUCAUUGAGAGAGAUACUCCAGUUUAGGAAGCAGUUUUAUAAAAAGUGGCAUGAUGUCCGUGUCAUUUGUGAAGCUGGGAUUACAGCAGAGGCUGUGGCAGACAAAGUGCUUUGUGCAGUGAAGUGGUACCAAGACUCGGAAUUGAAAGGCUUUGUUUCAACCAGGGAUCCAAGGAGCAAUAAGAAAGCCCAGCAAAAUAACUCUAUUAAAUAUUUCAGUGAUGUUGUUGUUGAGGGCCUGGCACCUGAUGGUGGACUUUUUGUUCCUGAGAUGGGACUCCCAAAAUUCACUACUGGAGAAUGGCAGAAUUUAUUAGGAGCCACCUAUGCUGAGAGAGCUCAGGUUAUAUUGGAAAGGUGCAUACAUCCUCAUGACAUUCCUGCUCCGGAAUUGUGGGAAAUGGUUGAGAAUGCAUAUGGGCAAAAUUUUGCAUGUUCUAAAGUUGCUCCUGUUAGGCAUUUGACAGGCAACCAGUUCCUUCUCGAGCUGUUUCACGGACCAACAGCUUCAUUUAAGGAUUUGGCAUUGCAGCUGAUGCCUCAUUUGUUUGCGUACUGCAUUCCCAAGAGCUGCAAUUAUUUGGUCUUGGUAGCUACUUCUGGUGAUACAGGAAGUGCAGUCCUAGAUGGUUUUAGUCGGCUUAAGGAGACUGAUAAACAAAGAAUUGCUGUGAUCACCUUCUUUCCUCAGGAUGGAGUUAGCCAGAUACAAAAAUCACAGAUGAUUGGCUGCCAAGAAGCAAAUACAAAAGCAAUAGGUGUUCAGUCUGAUUUUGAUUUUUGCCAGUCAGCCAUCAAACAAAUAUUUACCAGUUCAGAUUAUAGUGGCUUUCUCAUGACGGAAUAUGGAACAGUUUUAAGUGCAGCAAACUCUAUAAACUGGGCACGCUUGCUUCCCCAGGUUGUUUAUCAUGCUUCUGCCUACCUGAACCUUGUUGAACAAGAUAUCAUUUCUUUUGGGAGCCCCGUGGAUGUGUGCAUCCCGACAGGAAACUUUGGCAACAUCUUGGCAGCUGUGUAUGCAAAAACCAUGGGAAUCCCAAUACGAAAAUGUAUCUGUGCCUCCAAUCAAAACAAUGUCCUCACUGAAUUUAUAAAAACCGGGCUGUACAGUUUGAAGGGAAGGCAAUUAAUGCCAAGUUUGUCACCUGCAGUAGACAUUUUGAAGGCUUCUAACCUCGAGCGACAUUUGCACCUGAUUGGAAAUGGAGAUGGGCAGCUGGUGGCCCAACUAUUUAGCUGUCUGGAAAAUCAGCACUACUUCCAGUUGCAGAAGGAUCUCCUUGAGAAGCUUCAGCAGGACUUGUUGGCUGAUUGGUGCUCUGAGGAGGAAUGCUUGGGUGCCAUUCAUUCUGUGUUCAGUACCACCGGGUACAUUUUGGACACACACACAGCCGUUGCAAAAGUGGUUGCAGAUCGCCUGCAAGAUAAAACUUGCCCAGUUAUCAUUUCUUCUACUGCUCAUUAUUCCAAGUUUGCACCUGCUGUCCUGCAGGCAUUGAAGACUGGAGAGAUAAAACAGUCUCCAUUAAGUCAGCUUCACUUGUUAAACUCUUAUAACCCUUUGCCUCCAGUCCAUAGGGGCCUAUUAGAGGCACUGAAAAAGAAUGAGGGACAGCAGUAUGAAGUCUGUGCUGCUGAUGUGAAUGCCCUUAUGGAGCAUGCUGAAGCCAUAAUCCAAAACCGCUUCAUGAAGGUUUUCUAACUGUAGUCUUACUUGACACCUGUACCGCUUUGAAUGUCUAUCUCUCUCGAAGGCAUGUUUUAAUAAAUGCCUAGCAAGCAUUGCUGCAUGGGUAAAAUUUGGUUGCGCAUUUGCACAAACAUUCACUGAAUGUGGUACAGGAAACAAGUGGUACUGAAAUACAAUGUCAUAUUCCCAAAGGCAAGAUAGUUAUUUGGAAGAAACUAGCAUGGAAAAUGUCAGCACUUGGUUCUCAGUAAAAUCUUGGCAUAGAUGUCUAAGGCUUUGAGAGUUAUUGUAUGCUGCAGGUAUACUUUCUUGUAUGUCUCCUCCCAGUAGGGAUGUAGCAGCAGGAAAGUUUUAAUGGGGAAAGGGCCAAUUCUCCCCUCGGGCUGCAGCCCCAGUUCAAAUAAUUCCAACCAUGGCUGCUAUUCCAGUUUUUUUAAAUUGGUGAGUUGUAAGAGUAAAAGAAGAGCCCUGCUGUAUCAGACCAAAGCCUAUGUGGUCCAGUUUUCUGUUCUCAAGGUGUCCAACCAGCUGCUUGUGAGAAACCUGCAAGUAAUAUAUGAGUCUAAUGGCACCUUCCUGACUAUGUUUUCCAGCAAUUAAGAAACUGAGGCAUGCUGUUGCUGUUACUGGAGCUAGCAUGUCGCCAUCAUGACGAGGAGACAUUAAAAGCCUUAACCUCCAUGAAAUUUUAGUCCUAUUUUAGUCGUCCAAACUGGUGGACAUCACUGCAUGGUGUUUUAGUGAAUUCUAAAGCUUAAAUAUGUGCAGGGUCCAAUCCACACACCUCCCACCAUCAGACCUAGUUGCACCCUGAAUGCACAAAAACUUACACUGUAUGAUGCUUGAGUGUAAUGUAGAUGGAAAGAGUUCAGCAAAGUAUCACUGCUUAUCAAAGAAAUCUGUGAAAUGUCUAAAUAUAUGGAAUGUAAAGAAGAAUUUAAACUUUUUUCCUUCCAAAUACCCAUUUGGGAAUGGAAUAAGUAGAUGCAAUCUAAAUUAAGUGUUUAAAGGGGCAAGUGUAAGGGUAUGUUCAUAUUAUAGGCAUAUCAAUUCCAAAGGUAAUUGCUGGGUUGGAAUAGGUUUAGUCAUAUUUUGAAUAAAUACCUUGAUUUCAAUGGAUCUGCUUUAAAUAUGACUAAUCCUGGAUCCAAUCCAUUAGGUUUGGUGCAAAGCCACAGAAUAAUAAAGAUGAUCAAGCAGACCAUCUGUUGUAUCUUCUAGCACAGAAAUGCAAAACUAUGAAGUGAAACCAAGAGUAGAAGACCUAUUUGUCCAAUAUUGAACUCAAUAUUGUCUACUCUGAUUGGUGGCAUUACUUGAUCCUUUUAACUGGGGAUAUUGGGGACUGAAUGUGGAGGGAAUACUCUGAUGAUUUUAAUAAGAGCAGUUAUUGUGUUUAAUAUAAUGCAUCUUGUACUGACAUGUCAUCAUUGGAGGAAAAAGUGCACCCUAUAAAUGCAGUACUACAUAAGACAAUAAAUAAAUCCUGUCACAUUUGUGUUCCUUUAAAAAAAUCAUGAUAGUACAGUUUAGAAGAGUAGGUUAAGCUGCUGGUUGUAUAAGCGACAUAGAAUCCUCUGACAUGGUAAAGAUGAUCAAAUUUAUAUUGGCUUGAGCUUCUGCAGGCAACUGUCUUACUCUAGCCAAUGUAUCUAGCUAUCCGGUAAAGGAAAAUAGUCUGCGAGGCACUAUUUGUACAGUAGAUCUGCUUUUAACAGAACCGUUGUUGAACAAGGUUGAGCAGAACCCUUAACCACAAGAGGGCAUUGCUGACAAUCUACUAAAAAUAGUUCACUCAUAACAUUUCAAAAACAGAACUUGGUUUAAGGAGCACCUUGUUAUUUAUAUUAAAGAAGUAUUAACCAUGGUGUGUGUGUGUAAAUUAAUGUCAGUCUAUUGCACUGACAUUGUAAUUCGUAAAUGCAUUGUACUGAAAAGCUGAGAACCAUGUCAUGCUGAAAUACUAUUAGGAGAAACUUUUCUAUCAUCUUCAACAUUGACAAGUUCUUCCUCAGAAUGGAGGGAGGUCUGUCAUAACUGGGAUCUUCCUUCUGCCUUGGUUAGUAUAAUUAGGUCCAGGUUAGCUAGUAUAACAGUUUUCCCAGUGUCUUUGCACAAGGCUGGGAUUUGUUGUGGUGGAGGGUGCAGACCAGGAUUUCUGUCUCUGUGUCUGUUUCUUCCAAAGUUUUUCCCUGGAGGUGAUGAGUGUAUAAACAUGGCAACUUAUGAGAAGGAACUUAGACUAAAAUACAGCAUAACCUAUUACAUGAUUUGCCCACAUUAAUAUGGGGCAGAAAACUGUCGUCGUCAUACCGAUUGCGUUUAAAUCUAUUGUGUCCCAAAUUUUUAAAACUGUGUAUAAGGAACAUUUUGUUGCUUAUUGCUCAUAUAAAAGCACCUCUCAUUGAAACCAGUGGGAUGCACCCCUUCUUUAGGCCAAGUGAGCCAGAAACCUCUGGUGAUAGAUGUUUUUGGCACCUACAGUGAGACACUCUGCUAUUAGGAGAGCCCAAAGGAUCCUGCUAGACUGCCUGAAAGAUGCAACUCAUCUAGGGAGACUGAAUUAGAAAGGAUUAAGAUACCAUCAUUAGAAGGGAGAGCAAACUGCCAGCAUCAUUGCAAGGAACAUCUAGCUUUUCUUCUUGUCUGUUAUCUUCACAGCAGUGUGGCAAUGCUGAGCAGGAUCUUGCCAGUGGGAACUCUCUUCCAAUGUCUGCAUUAGCAUGUGGUCUUAAUAGAUUAUCAAAAUAUUACAAGUGAUGCUUAAGAAGAAACUUUGUGAGCGUAGUCCUCAUCUUCAGUUCCUGUCAAACAACCCCUGAAAGCAUAUCAUGCCACUCCACUGUCCUUCCUGCUUGGGCUGUGUCUGCACUUUGGAGUUUCAGGAAUAAAGAAAGGGAUGAGAUUGCUGCUUUUUGUGCUUCAGAGAGCAGGAGUUCUGUCAAUUCCAAUCUCUUGGUAGCUUCCAAAAGCAAAAGUGGCAGCAGGGGUGAAAGGACCUGCUGAGACAUACAUGUAGCAACAGAGCUGUGAUUUUCUUGGUCUAAGCCAAACUCAAACAUUGUGAUUUUUAAGGUGUUGCACCUACCUUGAAGGCUUAGAACAAUAUAAACAGAAUGGGAGAUUUAAAAGCAUUUAAAUCAAACUUUCCUCACAGUUGGAUAAGCUUUGCAAGAACAAUAAAUGAACAAUGCAUGGGAUCCAAAAAACAGUGAGUAGAAAUAAAAUAGGUGCUAAUGCUGUUUCAUCAACCCUUGUGCAAGAGGUUGCACAAGAGUUUGUGUAAGCAUACUGUACAAAACGCCUAUGGCGGUGAUUCUGGUAAAAGCUGUGUAAGCAGAAUAACUUUGGAUUGUUUUUUUCUACCUUGUGCAAUAUUGUGUUGCCGUUUUCCCCAACUUGGCACCUUUCAUUGGCAGUGGGCUGGGAACAUUGGAAAUCACAGCCUAGCAUAUCUGGAAGGCACCGGAUCAGGGAAUGCCUCUUGAAAGCAAGGUACCCUUCAGAUGUGGAAGGACAUCUUUGGAUCCAGUUUUCAGCCAAUUUUGCAAUGUUGGUCCAGAUGGAUGAGGAAAUAGAAUAGUAGAUUUGGAAGGGGUCAAAAAAGUCAUCGGGCCCAACCUCCUCACUGAAGGACUCCCAAGUUAAACCAUCCCUCUCAGAAGGGUAUACAGCUGCAUCUUGAAUGCCUCCCGUGUGGGAGAGUCCACAACCUCACUAAAUAAUUGGUUCUAUUGUUACAUUCCUCUAACAGGAACCUCUUCCUGAUGUUCAGCCAGAAUCUGGCUUCCUGUGACUUGAGCCUGUUAUUCUGUGUCCUGCACUCUGGGAUAAUCAAGAAAUGAUCCUGGCCUUCCUCUUUGUGACAUCCUUUCAAGUACUUGUAGAGAGCAAUCACGCUGCUCCUCAGUCUUCUCAUGGCCAAACAUGCCUUAUUCUCUCAAACUCUUACAGUGUUUUGUUUCCAGUCCCUGGAGUAUCUUUCUUGCCCUCCUCUGAACCCUUUACAACUUGUCUGCAUCUUCAACUGUGAUGUCCAGAACUAGAUGCAGCACUUCAAAUGCGGCCUAACCAAAUAAUGUAGGUCACGUGCGGUAUUUAAUAACAAUAGUGAUUUCAGUGGAGACUGCAUAUAAACAUAAUGAGGCCAUGGGACAAUAUUAACAUUGGAAAACAUUACAUAUUGCCCAGUCAAUGUUGGUUUUUUAUUUUAUUGUACACUACCUUUCUAUGAAGAAAAUGGCACUCUAGAACGUGUUGAGGUGGGCAAUAUUAGUUGGGUAGUAUAUUCAUUGGUUGGGCAAUGAACAACUUGUACUUGGAGGCUAUACAUAUUAACUGGCCAUAUAUGAAAUUUCUUUGAGCACGCCUGUAGCAUCCGUUGCUAAUCUACUGACCAAGCAACAUGCACAAUCUCCUGUCAACUCUGCACUGUUUAUGGCAUUCUGUGAAUGUACAUCUUGAUGCAUCUUGAUGUUGUUGUUUGAUGGACAUUUGCCAAUCAGCUUACAAUACAAUAGCAAGUUCAAAUGGAGAACUGGAGAGCUACAACUCAAAAGAGGCAUAGUGAAGCCCAGCAAACUUGUAGUUGUGAGUUGUAUUGUCCAAAUAAGCUAAAUGGUAAGUAGUAAUUAUUAAUGCCCAAUAGGGAUUUGUUAUUAUUGCAUUGAUUCACACUUCAUCCUCUUCCUCUUGCAAGGAACCCAAGAACCUCUCUCUUUUUUCCUUGCAGAAGCCACCCUGUGGGGGUCUCUGUGACUUGUCUAAAGUGGCCUGGUGAGCUUCAUGGCCAAGCAGGACUAGAACCCAGAUCUCCUGCGUCCCAGUACAGCUCUCCUAACCACUAAGCACACUGGCUCACCAUGGCCCACUACGUUUAACAUUAUACAAAGUAGCCAGUAGCUUGUAAGCGAUUCUGCUUUAUCUUGGUCACUGGAAUUCUCCUCUGAUUUGCACUCAUGGUCUUUAGGCAAUGUGAGCGGGCCACCUUAGCUGGCAAAUUUUGGAUGGGGCAGCAAGCUGUUUGAGCAGAGUGCUGUGUGCCAUGCAGCCUGUUUUGCAUCCCCCAACCUGUCCUGUUGUCCUCCGGUGUGAGAGGGCAUGGCAUGGCAUGGCAUCCCAUCUUCAGUGUGGGAAAACUUCCAGCUGCUAGCCCAGCUAACAUGUAUACAUGGAAUGUGAGGGAUAGCUAUCUUACUCUUCAUCUCAGGCAGAAAAAUGCCUCAGGCUAGCCUGGUCUCACUGCUGUGAAAUGACCAUUCCUAAACUCUGAAGUCUGUUGGUAUAGUAUAACUAUAGCCAGUUCUGAUUUCCAUUUCUCUAAAUUCCUGUGAGCUUCCUCAGUAUUCCUUAAAGCACUUCUUACCACUCCAAAUUUACUGUCCUAACCAAAGUGCUUGGAAACAGUACUCGUGUUUAGUCUCAGCUGAUUUUGUAGAUACGCACACACUUAGUGAGUUGGAGAGCAAUCUUGCAAAGAAACCACCCAAGUCACUUGUUAAAUAUUUGGAGUGUCAUUGAAACCACCUUGGCAAUGCUUUGUUUGUGAAGCAGCUGUCCGGGUAAUACACUCAAAUCUUUCACUGUCACAUAUUAUCAUAAAGUCAUUUUAGCAGAACCAUAUUUAAUUUUCUCAAGUCUGUUCCUCCUACGAAAGAAUAUAAAACGAUCCUUUGUAGAGUGAAUUUAGUGCUAUAUUAAACUCAAGAAUUAUUAUCAUAAACUUUAAAAAUGGAAAUUAAUGGGAGUCUUGGGGUUAAUGUAUCAAGUUCCUUUCAGGCUAAUUGUGCUGGAUUGGAAAUCAGGAGUUUUCUGGGGCUUGCUUAAAUUAGAUAUGAUAUGAACUGCCCAUAUUUCAGCUAGUGCCGGGUGCAUUUAAACCAGCAGAAAUUACAAUUUGCUCUUCUCAAGUCAUGAAUUCAUCCAUCCACUUUCAGAUGGAAGGUCUCCAUUAUUCCAAGGUCUUGCUGUAUUUAUGGACUGUUGUGCUGGCGCAUCAGCAAACUGGAUCUUGGGUAUUUAGUAUAGCAUUGCGCUCUGCAUCAUAGUGCCACAUGCCAUAUGUUCUGUUCUGUUGUUUGACUGACUGUUCUCACAUGUUCCACUGCUGAGAUCUGGAUUCCUACAGAUGGCGAGGUGCCACUAACACUGGUGUGUAGCUGGCGUGUGAGCAGGAAUCGUGGAAGAGGCAACCUGGAUUGUAACAUUCCCCCCUGGCCUGUUCCUCCUUGGAUUCCCAUUCCACAGCUCCUCACUAGCAUCCAGGUCUACAGUAAACUUCUACUGACCAAGCAAUGGAAAAAAAAUCCACUAUUAGAAAGAGAUGGUCAUAGCUGAGCAGCUAAAACCAGAAAGGGAGUGAAGCCAUGAGUGCAAAAGAAGCAUUGAACGAGAGGUAGAUAUGAACUGAAGCAGAUCUUUCUUCACUUUCCAAAUCAAUUUUUUUCUGCUGAUUGGUUGGAAAAACACCCAGUAACUCAGUAACUAAAGGGUUAAGUGACAAAUUGUGCUGGCAUGAAUUUUGCAUGUCAGAUAUUUGUGUGUCCCCAGAAAGUAAAGGGUUCACCCAACCAGCAUGCUGAGUCUAUUACUGUUGUUAUUGUUAUUGUUAUUAUCUAUUUAUUUCUAACAUUUUAAAAACUUCUAUACUGCCUAAUAGCCAAAGUUCUCUGGGCAGUUUACAACAAUCCAUUAAAAUACACCACAUUAUAAACACAUUGCAGGGAAAAAGUUGCCAUUCAAAAUUUAAAACCACAUCACAAACAAUGCACACACAAAAUUCCAAUAAUUUAAAACAGGAUAAAACCUUACUGCAACUGAUUAAACAACUAACAAAGCCCCAGGAAAUGAAUGAAAUGCCCUGAAGUUUAGAUAUGUUAGUCAUGCAGACUCUUCAGGAACUUUUAAUCGGUCUCGAUUUGAAAA